ACAAGUUUGACGUUGAAUAUAGAAUGAGUGGGAAGGAAGCUUUAGUUUUCGUCUAACUAAAAGUUAGUCGUCGGUAAACCAAGAGGCGUAUGCGAGUCAUGAUUGACAUUUUUCCUACGGUAAUUUUCGAUAAUCGCGAUUAUCGCGAUCGCCAGUUAAGCGCAACUGGAAUCAGGAAUAGUGCACGACGUCUAGUGGUGGUCUUUCUGCUCUUCUGUUAAAAAGUGACGUUUUCGAGCUGACUGUUCUGCAAAACAGCGUGUUAUUAAUGCAAAUGAUCCAAUUUCAAUCGCAUUACUUCUUUCCACGAUAAUCGACGAAUAUCAGACGAUCUUAUCAAAGUUGAUGUAGCAAGAACGAAAUUAUCAACAAUGUUCUGGACGAAUAAUUAUGUAUCAUCACCUCACAUCGAUGCCUUGCUCAACAAAGAGAAUGUUACACUUCACGAGUUAAUGGAUGAAGAAGAUAUCUUGCAAGAAUGUAAAAGCCAGAAUAAAAAGCUCGUUGAAUAUCUGACAAGACCUGAAGUAAUGGAGGAGUUAGUAAUAUUAACAACGAAGGAACCUUCUCUAGAAGUAGAAGAGCGCUGGCGGUAUAAAUAUCCAAACGUUGCUUGUGAGCUGCUUACGUGCGACGUGCCUAUGCUUAAUGAAAAGCUAGCAGGAGAUGAAUCGUUACUUACUAAGCUCUAUUCGUUUAUCGACACAGAACCGCCGCUCAAUCCCUUGUUGGCAUCGUUUUUCAGCAAGACAAUAGGUGUUCUUGUAGCGCGAAAGAGUGAUCAACAUUGGUACUCCUAUCAGUUCACAUGCUUACAGGUUCUGGAGUUUCUUAAAAGCCGACAGCAUUGUGUGGAUCUGCUUUUACAGCAUUUAGAAACUUCGGCUAUAAUGGAUUUGGUGCUGAAACUUGUGACACAAGUUGAGGGCAGUGAAAUGAGACAAAAUAUACUUAACUGGCUUGAUGGGCAACACUUGGUCGAAAGAUUAGUGAAAUUGCUAUCACCGACAUUAGAGAUUGGCAGACAUGCCAAUGCCGCACAAUUACUGUGCGACAUGAUCAAGGCUGGUAGGGAAAAUUGCUUAGCAACAACUGAGCGCAGUGAUCCAGAUCCUAUCCUGAAUAGAUUGGAAUCAACUGAAACCGUUAGUCUAUUACUGGAAACGAUACUGUCUGGAGAAAAAUCUGAGAGCAGUAUCGUCGGUGGUAUCGAGGUGCUUUUGGUGCUAUUGGGACAAAGAUCAAACAACGCUCUGAAUGUAAUGGACAAUCAUGGUAACGGUGCUGGCGAAGAUUCCAACGACAAUGAGCAGCGCAUUAAAAUCACAGUUGCGACACUGCCGUACCUUGGACAGCUACACAACUUACUUACAGAGCCUCCACAUAAACCCGCGGUUAAAACUACAGCAGGUCGUUUGGAAUUACCACUUGGAAAUACUCGACUUCACGUCGCAAAAUUACUAGUUGCGCUAUUGUCUACGGAGAAUGCUCAAGUUCGUGAGACAUUAGCUGAUUUAGGAACGUUUCAAGUUCUUUUGGAUUUAUUUUUCAAAUACGCGUACAAUAAUUUUUUGCACACGCAAGUUGAACAGUGUAUAGCGCUGGCAAUUAACACUGACGUCCAAGAAAUGAACAACGUUAUUUAUGAUCAUAUAUUUAUAAAAUGUAAAAUAAUUGAACGGAUAUUGGGAGCCUGGCAGGAAAAUGAGACGAAACAAGGUGAAGAAAAGGGUAUACGGCAAGGGUACAUGGGCCAUUUAAUCAAUAUAGCGAACAAUAUUGUAACACAAUGUGAAAAGAACAAUAUCCUGCAAAGUUUUUUGAAAACCAAUCUAUCCCCGGAUUGCCUUACAAAAUGGGAAGCACUAGCAACGAAUCAGCUUGCCGAUAUCAACAAGAUUCAUAAAAUAUAUCUGGGCGGACAGCAACAGCCAUACAUAACUAGUUCAGAAGAAAAUAGUGAUGAUUAUAUCUCUUACCCUCACAGUGUUCAUGUGCAACAGAUGUACGAUAACUAUCAAACACAACAAAUGACUUCCGAAUUUAUGGAGAGCUGUACGUUCAACGAUGAUAAACUCAACGACGGCGAAGAAACCCUUCAUAACUCCGUUGAUGAAGUCCACUCCUUUGGGUUCAACCUAAAUGAAGAAGACCUGGACAAAGGAGAAGAAAUGUUCAACAAAGUAUGCGAACAAAAGCAAAAGGCUGGACUUGAUGAGAGCUGUGGCGUAGGAGAGUGGGGAGAUGAAGGCGAUCUCACCUUCCAGACUGUGAUUGACAAGCGCAAUUGGCCGUCUAAACAGUUGCGACAAAAUUCCAACUCCUUUUCAGAUGACGAUGAAGACGAACCGCAGGAUCUACAUAUGGAAGUUGACUCAACAGAUCCAUGGGAUUCAGCACAGCAUCGGUGCAGAGACCUAACGAUACCGCCGAGCAAUCCAUGGGAUGUAGUGAAUCAAGAAGAAAGCGAACAAACAGGCUGGGCAAAUUUUGAUAACUUUGAAAGCACUUUAAAUAUAGAUGAAAAUGCUGGAACGAUUAAUAAGCCGACCGACGUAACGGAGAAAGUACAAAAUAUUACGGCUACUCCUAUGGAAAAAGAUAUUUCAUUAGAGCAUACUAUAGAUACGAAAGCUGUAGGAGCAGGAGACACGCCCAAAACUGAUGCUGUUGAAAUCGCUACACCACCGCCAACAGAGGCUAUUAUCAAUAACAAAGUUCAAAGUAUUGAUUCUAUAAACACAGCUGACGAUAAUGCAAAUCCCAAUGAAUUACUCGCAGACAGGACAACUUUGCCCGUCGUAGAAAGCAAAGUACUAGGCAAAGAUGUCAAGAAUAUAGAUGAACGCGAGGAAGGGGUGAAGACAGAUAAUGUAAAACAACCAACUGAAAAUUCAUGCACACCAUCAGAAAAAGUAACCAAUAUAUCAGAGGAUCUAAAAUAAAAAAUAUAUUGUAGAUUUGUAACAGCAAUAGCGAUGAUGAUCCAUAUCAGAAUGACCUUACAAUUUUCCGAAAAUAUGCCAUUACUCUGAUUAAUUGAUUAAUUAUUGAUUGAUUGAUUGAUUGAUUCUAUUAAAUUUUAUUUACGUUAUUGAAUUUGUGCAGCUGGGUAGUAAAGAUUAUUACGAUGUUUUCUUUAGUACCAUAAAAUAUUAAUCGAAUAAAAUGGAACAGAAUUUUAUAAUGCUCAACUUAUUAUAGCUGGUAAAUAAUAAAACUGUUCUCAUAUUAUUAUUAUUAUUAUAUAUAUAUAAAUGAACUACCUUCGUUGUAUCCCAGCUGCUAGUGUUCAUACAUAUGUAUUAGUGGAAAAAAAAACUAAAAAAAAAGAAGGAAAGAAUAAUUGAAAUUACCUACUCACUGUAUUUUAUGCUAUUGUUCACAGCCUCGUAUAUAAAUUUUACAUUAUACAUAUAAGUGAUGACUAAAUAUAUACAUUUUUUAAACGAUUGUAACUAGAAAAGGUAUCUAUUAUAUCCACCCGUUAUCGCCUGAUAAUUUUAUACACGAUAAUAUUAUGCAAAAGUAUGAUGUACGCAGUUGGUUGUGCGUCUCUUCAAUCUCUUUAUUUUAUUCUGAGCUAAGGUCUCUUCUGAUCGCUAAAGUUGGCAAUUGGUUCUACUGAUUAAAAAUUAAUUUUAAACUUUAGUAUUGUAUUAUACAGAAUUGUGUAACAUAAUGUCGCCGUAGCGUAACAAUGUAGAAUAUACCACAGCUGUGAGAGUUAUAUCUAAAAAGAAAAGUGUAACCAUCACUAUGGUCCGAUAUUCUAUUACAUAGAAUAUAUAGUGCUUUUGCUUUUCGAUUUACGGAAUCAAAGGCAAUUUUUUUUUAAAUCAGUGCCUAGAAAUCGGCUAAACAUAUAUGUAUUACCUUCAGAAUAGUGAUUUGAAGAAAAAAUUCUGUAUAUUUUUAUGUUGGUGAAGUGAUUAAGUGUCUACAAUGAUCGACAAUUUAAGAAUUCCAAUUUACACAAGUAUAAAAACCUUUUUUUCAUUCCAUUUGAGAUUCUGACAAAAAGAAAAUAAUUGCAAUUAUGGCAAAUAAAUAGUCGUUAUUAUAAAUAUCUCUUGUAUUAUAGCUACUGUUUAUCAAGAAUAUUCUCCAGUUUCCAUCCAAAAUUCAUCAUUACUUAAAAUCAUUCAACUUACGCUAAGAUGUCAAAUGAACGUUAUAAUUACAACGUUUAUUUGGUAACGUCUUACGUAAAGAAUGAUAUUUAAACUUGUGAAGUUUUUACUGAAAGUAUAAUACAAAAAUUAAAACAUAAGGUAACAGAUAUGAUAAUAACUUUAUUUAAAAACUGGAUCUUAAUCUACAGCAGCUAACGAGCAGUAGUAAGAUAUUAUAAUUAAUACUUGUAUUUACUAUUUACCGCAAGACUUUCACAUAAAAUAAAGUCGAAUUUGUAGUACUGUUAAUUUUACCACUGCUACUUCACAGCCCUGAACAUCCGCAGUAUAUCUCGACUGGCACGGUAAAUAUGUAAUUGAGAGAAAGAAAAAAAAAAUGUACAAUACUUGUAACAACGAGUAUAUUCAAAUAGCAAAGUAAGCUCAGCAAAAAAUUUCAGCAAUUAUAUAAGAAGCUCGGAACAAAAGAGAAAUGAACAUGCGAAAUCCGCGGUGUUUACUCGGUUUCACGUAAUUCUCUAAAAGCCGAUAAAUCAUUAAGCAAUUUUUCUCAGACUUUAGCAAUCACAGCAAAAGAAAGAUAUUCAAUGUGUAUUAUACGUGUCAGGCAUUUUCAGUUUUUAAUGUAGCAGUUUAUACGUGCAGACAUGCGGUCGAUUGUAAUGAAUUAUUUCAACGGUAGCACGCAGUUUUAAACGAUAUCGAUUCAUAAGAAUUAAGAGAGAUUCAGAUAAUUACAUUAGGAUAUCACCGAGCAACGACAUAAAACGAGAAUACAAUGUUGGUACACUUUAUUUAUGUAAUCACUAAUAAUUCAUAUAAUAUUGUACAAAUUGUUACAAUAAAGUAUAUAUAUUCCUGUAA